AAAUGUCAUUUGUCAAAGGUGGCUUAAAAACUGAAUAAUUAGUUCAAACUGAGAGUGAACGCCAUUUUUACCUAAUCAUUUGACUAUUUUUGCAUAGAUAGAUACUUUUGUUUUUAAUAGCAUAAAUAAUUUCAUUGCCCUGUAAAUUUGGCGAUAUAUAUAUAUACACAUUGUGUGUGUGUGUGUCAUUUGAUUUCGAGGGAGAAAUUUUACUCGGUACAAAAUUCCAAAACCCUUUUGGGAUCUCAGAAAUGUCAGACGAGGAAGAGACGCAGCUCACUGAUGAGCAGAAAAUCGAGAUCGCCAAAUGGUUUCUCCUCAAUUCUCCAGCCGGCGAAAUCCAAUACAUCGCCAAAGAUAUCAAGGCGGUUUUGCAGGAUGAGACGCUGUAUAGCACGGCGGCGGCAGAGGCAUUUCCUCUUUACAACAAAUCUCACAUGAUUUGCCUGGAUUUUCCUGAUAGAAGCGGUGAGGUUAUGGUUACACCAUUUAACGAGAUUGGUGAGAAUGAGUAUCUUGAUCCUAGGACUGCUCAAGUUGCGAUUGUUGACCAUGUGAAACAGGUCUGUGGACGUGCUCGACCUGCAAACGAUGAAGAGUUCCCGUCACCAUAUAUUGAGGAAUAUCGGUAUUCCUUGGAUGUAGAAGUUACAAAGUAUGUUAGUGAAGCGUACCCGAAAGGAAUCUGUUCUGUUUAUUGUGUUAACGGGAAAGAUGUUGAAGAACCAGGCAUGGAUUUUGAGCUUGUUGUGGUAAUUUCCGCUGCUAGACUGAGCCCCCAGAAUUUCUGCAAUGGAAGUUGGCGGUCAAUAUGGAAUUUGGAAUUCAAGGAUGAGGCACAAUUUGUGGAAGUUAGAGGUAAACUUCAGGUUGGCGCCCACUACUUUGAGGAGGGAAAUGUCCAGUUAGAUGCAAAGCAUGAGUGCAAAGAUUCCACUAUGUUUAUGUCACCUGAAGACUGUGCACAUUCUGUGACCACCAUUAUUCGCCACCACGAGACGGAGUAUCUAGAUUCUCUUCAGACAUCAUAUUCAAAUUUGCCUGACGCCACCUUCAAGGACCUCCGGAGGAAGCUUCCUGUUACACGGACCUUAUUCCCAUGGCAUAACACCACACAGUUCAGCCUCAAAAGAGAUAUCCAAAAGAGCUUGGGAGUGGAAAAGAAGAAGUAAAUGGUUGUUCAAGGUUGAAUGUUGUAUACUGUAGUAUUUUCCAAAUUCGCCAACGAUGAUUUUGUUUCCGUUUCUGUAUUGUAUCCCCACACCUCACUCUCAUUUUUGUUUGGGGCGCCGCAGUUUAUAUGCCAAUUGGCUUGAAAUUCUCUAAAAACAUAUCAUCUGUGUAUACCUUAGGGAUGUAAAGUAUUCAUAUGUUUUGUUUCC